ACGCUUAUUCCUCUCGAGAAUAAAGUCAAUCUUUCCUAGUUCGGCCGAGGCAGCCCUCUGUCUCUAAGCAAGCAACUUGCCCAGCAGUCUUUUGUGCUGAUGGAAUGCAACUUGCCCUUCAGUCUGGGCUCAACCGAGUCGAGACAGCGCUGACAGCGAAAGAGAAUCACUGGCGUUGAAGAGAGGGUUGGUAGCAUUUGCCUGCUUUGGCAUGCGCGCGGAAGUCGGGCCGGGCCCCAUCGACAGGCUUGUCGCGCGCUCUUUCUCCACUUUGCGCAAAGUCAAAGUCGCUGAAAAGUAGCCAUUACUUUUUGACAUCUCGCGACGAGGGAGGAAUAACACUGAAAUCAAGGGAAGAGGAUAGAGAGAAGUGGGGGAAGACGGAACGCCACACUCAAGAUGUCGACGUCGGCCGCGCGGACGUACGAGGAGCAGAAUGACGCCUCGAUGGACCGGCUGUUUGACAAGGUCAAAGCCCUGCGCGGCGUCACGACUGACAUCCACUCCGAUGUCGAAUCGCAGCGCGCCGGCCUCCUCGCCGACACAUCCGAGUCCUUUGACGCAUUCGCCGCCCGCCUCAGCAGCACCUCGCAGCGCUUCGCCAGGCACGUCGUCCAUGCUGGCCGAUCCAAUCGAACACUAACACUCUACAUCAUUGGCGCCUUUGUCGCCCUCUUUUUGAUCUGGCAACUCUUUUUCUAAGUGCUCAAGGAGGGGCGUAACCGGCGAUGGCGAGAAUGUGGUGGCGCACGUAUUAUAAACUAAUCUCUUUCGUGCCUCAUUUCGAGUGAUCGACUGAGGCAAAGGUAAUCUGGUUGGCAGUGCUGCUUGGUUGGCGGGAAGGACACUGGCUGGAGCAUCUGCUAGCGAGCCCCGACC